AUGAAAGGUUAAAAAUUAUGGAAAAAAUUGAAGGGUUAUCUUCUAGAGAACAAAGACUAUAAUCCAGAUAUAAAUGAAGUGCAAAUAUUUAAAAAAGAAAUGAAAGAUGAUAUUUUAAUAUAUUAUGUAGAGGAUGUAAUUAUCAAAUAAUCUAAUAAAUAAUUAUUACCUGAUAAAAGUUAAUUGAAUUAAGUUAAUGAAAAUGAUAUAGAUAAUACAGGUGCCUUUUAUUGGCCAUCUGAAAUCAUUUUAACAUAAUAUAUAUUAAGUGAUAUAGAUAAAAUUAAAAAUUACAAUAUAAUUGAACUUGGAGCAGGAAGAUCUGGUUUUUGUGGAUUAGUAUUAGCAAAAAAAGGUUUUAAUGUUAUUCUAACAGAUGGAAAUUAAUAAAUUAUUAAUGAACUAAAAGAAAAUGUGAUUUUAAAUGAAAUUAAUAUAUAAGUAGAAGUAUUAAAAUGGCAAUCUGGUGAUCCUUAUGUAAAUACAUGUGGAUUAAUAUCUGAUUGCUUCUUUUUUGAGAAUUAUCAUGAUGAUUUAAUUAAAAUGAUUAAAAGAUUUUGUUUUGUUAUAGGUGCAGCACCAUCUCGUGGAGGAUCAUUAGAAAGAUUCAUAAAUAAAUGUACAAAUAAUAAUAUUGAAUGUAAACAGCUUAAUAUCUUUUAUGAUACUUAAAUAAUUUUAUUUAAAAAUUUUAAUUGA